UGCGCUCGUGUCGCCCCGAGGAAACGCACACGCCGUCCUUCUCCUUCGUUCGGGAGAGGUCGUAGGGUCGCGCGCUCCGUCGCAGACCGUCCCACCAACCUUCACGCGAUUCGCAUCGUUUGAGGGUUUUUCAGCUCGCGAGGGCGAGAUUUGAGAGAAACUCGGAGCGCCGAACGAUCGGACCGCCAUGGCUGCCUCCGACGCCUCCAAGCACGAUCUGACGUCGGAGCUCGGCAAGUUCCUGGAUCGCCACCUGGUGUUUCCGCUGCUCGAGUUCCUCCAGGCGAAGAAGGUGUACCCCGAGGCCGAGAUCCUCGAGGCUAAGAUCGCGCUGCUGCAGAAGACGAACAUGCUCGAUUUCGCCGCGGACAUCUACAAGAGUCUGCACAACGCGAAGGACGUGCCGCCGGAGAUGACCAAGCGCAGGGAGGAGGUGAUCGCGAACCUGACGGAGCUUCAGGCCAAAGCCGAGAAGGUGGUCACCUUCCUCAGCGACCCAACGCUCGUCAAGCAGCUCCGAAGCGACAAGGCGUACAACAUCAACUUCCUCAAGGAGAACCACGGCAUCGGCGAGGAGGACAUCGAUGCGCUCUUCCACUACGCCAAGUUCCAGUUCGAGUGCGGCAACUACGCCGCCGCGGCGGAGUUCCUGUACCACUACCGCAGCCUCUGCACCAACGGCGAGAAGGGCGGCAGCGCACUCUGGGGUAAGUUUGCCUCGGAUAUCCUCCAGCAAGACUGGAAUGCCGCGGUGGAGGACAUGAACAGGCUCAAGGACGCGGUGGAGAACCGCCAAUAUCCCUCGCCGUUGGCGCAGGUGCACGCGCGCGCGUGGCUCAUUCACUGGUCCUUGUUCGUCUUCUUCAACCACGAGAACGGCAGGAACAGCAUCAUCGACCUCUUCUUCCAGGAGCGGUACAUGCAGUCCAUCCAGGCGGAGGCGCCGCACCUCCUCCGCUACCUCGCCGCGGCUGUCAUCACCAACAAGCGCCGCCGAUCCAUGCUCAAGGACCUCGUCCGCAUCCUCCAAAACGAGCAGUACUCCGAUCCCAUCACGGAGUUCUUGGUGUGCCUCUUCGUCGACUACGACUUUGAGGCUGCGCAGCAGAAGCUCGCGCAGUGCGACGAGGUUCUCGCGAAUGAUUUCUUCCUGGUGGGCUGCCGGGAGGAGUUCAACGAGAACGCGCGGUUGUUCAUUUUCGAGACGUACUGCCGCAUCCACCAGUGCAUAGACAUCAACCAGCUGGCGAGCAAGCUGAACAUGGACCGCGACAGCGCGGAGCGAUGGAUCGUGAACCUCAUCCGCUCCACCAAGCUCAACGCCAAGAUUGACAGCGAGGCUGGGACCGUGGUGAUGGGCAGCGAGGCGCCGUCCAUUCACGAGCUUGUGGUCGAGAAAACUAAGGCGAUCACCGGUAAGACGUACGCUCUCACGCACGCCGUGCUCAGCAACACCCAGGGCGCGAUCGUGUAAGUAGCGCGGGUCAGCGCUCGCGGGUUAUGGGCUGUGGUGGGCCACAGGAUAUAGAAAAAUUCUCAAAUUUUGAUAAGAAAAGAGACGCGCUCUCCAACU